AUGGCGUCGCCAUCGCCAUUACCGUCGCUGCCGAGCACCGCAGCAAGCACAGUAGCAACAUUCACACUCACGCCCACACCCACAUCCACAUCUACAUCCACAUCCACAUCACCGCCAGCACCCGAUGGCGGCAGCGUCCCGAAACAGCAGAAGCUCCCGCGGUUCGUGUCCAACGACCCGGGGCGGACGGGGUACGACCCGUCGACGAACUGGUGGAUGAACUACUUCCGGUCGGUGACGGGGACGAUGACGGCGGAGGGGUCGUACCACUUCCGCGAGGACACGUACCGCAAGAACGAGGACAAGGACUGCCAGCGGUGCGAGAAGUACCGCGACUGGCUGUUUGCGCACUCGCCGACGGUGCGGUUCCUGCGCGACAAGAUCACGGCGCUGGGCGGCACGCUGGACGAGACCAACGUGGUGUGCCAGCGGUGCCCGGGCCGCGUGCUCGAGGGCGGCGCCGGCGUCGCGCGCCAGUCGGGCGGCUUCAGCCCCGCCCACGGCAUCCUGCUGUGCGCUAACGAGGUGCGCGACCGCGGCCACCUCGAGGACACGCUCGCCCACGAGAUGGUCCACGCCUGGGACCACCUGCGGUGGCAGGUCGACUGGUUCGCCCAGAAGGACUUGAAGCAUUCCGCCUGUACCGAGAUCCGCGCAUCCAUGCUGAGCGGCGAGUGCCGGUGGAUACGCGAGGCUCUUGUGCGCGGCAACUGGCGGCUGACGCAGCAAUUCCAGAACUGCGUGCGCAUGCGCGCCAUCCAGUCCGUCAUGGCGCGCCCGGCUUGCAAGGACGACGUGCACGCGACCAAAGUAGUCAACGAGGUCUGGGAGUCGUGCUUUUCCGACACGAGGCCCUUUGACGAAGUGUAUCGUUGA